UCCUGUUACACAGGCGAGGGUGGGCGGGGUUUCUUCAGUAAAACCCUUUCUCAUUGGUCCUUGUUGGCCGUGACCUGGCAACCGAGUCUCCGUUUCCCGACGCUUCCUUCACCCCGGAGCCGAGAAGGAGGCGCAGUCGGAACGAACCACCGCAGCUUUCUUCGCGUAUAAUUCUCUCUUUUUUUUUUUUUUCCUCUCUCUCUCUCUCUCUCUCUCUAUGUAUAUAUAUACACAUACAUGCACAGUUAUUAAAAGGGAAAAAUAAAAAGCAGUAGACGAAAGCGACGAAUCACUGUCAUCAUCAACAUCAUCAUCAUGUCCUCGAAAACGUUGCCGUUGCUUUUUAUUAAUCUGGGCGGAGAAAUGCUGUACAUCCUGGAUCAGCGCCUGCGGGCGCAGAACAUCCCGUGUGACAAGGCCAAGAAAGUCAUGAAUGACAUCAUUACCACAAUGUUCAAUAAGAAGUUUCUGGACGAACUGUUCAAGCCCCAGGAGCUGUACUCGAAAAAGGCCCUCAGGACCGUCUUCGAUCGCCUGGCACAUGCCUCCAUCAUGAGGCUCAACCAAGCCAGCAUGGACAAGCUUUAUGAUCUAAUGACCAUGGCAUUCAAAUACCAAGUGCUGCUCUGUCCUCGGCCCAAAGACAUACUGCUUGUGUCGUUCAAUCACAUGGAUGCCAUUAGGGACUUUGUACGAGAUACACCCAGCAUCCUUAGCCAGGUGGAUGAGACAUACCGACAACUCAUUGAGAUGUACACACCACUUUCUGGAGGUGAAUUUCAACUAAUCAGGCAAACCCUGCUCAUCUUUUUUCAAGAUAUGCACAUCAGGGUGUCAAUCUUCCUCAAAGACAAAGUCCAAAAUUCCAAUGGACGUUUUGUUCUUCCAACUUCUGGGCCUGUGCCGUUUGGAACACAAAUUCCAGGUUUAAUCAGGAUGUUCAGCUGCAGUGGAGAUGAGGUGAAGAGAGUCCAGUUCCGCAGUGCAGGCAACUACUCGAGUGCCCUCCGUGAGGGCUCCUUUGAGAUGUAUGGAGAACGAGUCAUCAAACUGGGUACCAACAUGUACAGUGUCAGCCGCCCUGUAGAAACUCACAUGUCAGGCGCGUCCAAGAACUCAGCGCAGCAUACUAAGGUGAGCACUGCACCAAAUCCCCUAGCUAAGGAGGAACUGAACCUCCUGGCCCGAUUAAUGGGGGGCUUGGAGGUGCGCAAGCCAGCAAAUCCUGACUCUCGGUUCCGAGUCAACCUUUUUGCCACCGAUGAGGAAGAAGAAGAAGCUUUGAUAUCAAGACCUGAUGAGCUUUCUUAUGAAGUCAUCAACAUUCAAGCAACAAAGGACCAGCAGGCCAACGCAGAGCUAGCUCGGAUCAUGGGUGAAUUCACGGAGCAAGAAGAGCCAUCGGCUAGCCCCAGCAGCAAAGGGGAUGACCUACUAGCCAUGAUGGACGGACUCUGUUGACUUUGCAGCUGUGAUAUGGAGAAGGGUCUUGGAAUUGGAGACUGAAACUUUUCAGGCAACGGGAAUGCGGGUUAUUUUCACUGUGCUGCUAAUCUUAAAAAUCUUCUUUUCGGAUUGUACGGUUGUAUUUUAGGUUGACAAGACAUUCUGGUUCAUGGUUUUUCUGAAGACUUUAUUUGCAAUAUACAGUGCCCACAGUUCCCUUACGAUGGAGACGGUAUGGAACUCAUUUUCAUCGCUUGACAUUCUCCGUCUACAAAAGAAUGUCUUUGUCAUGAGUGUGCAUCUCCAGCGCUUAGAUAUGAUAAUGUAAUUUGAAGGUAAUUAUUCAGUGUGUGCAAAGCAUUUGUCACUUAAUUCCACCAAAAUGAAACAAGGAGUUCACUUUCUGCCAUGUUCUCAUUUCUGUCACCUAGCUAGCGUGUUACUUCACACCGAUACCCCAGAUCAAUGCUUUUCUUAUAAACGUGCGUUGAGAAACAGGAGCGCUUUCCUUCCUAGCACAGUCCUUUUUUAAAGCCUUUUAAAUUAUAAUAUUAAAACAUUAUUUUUGGAAUAUACACUGCUGGAGUCUGAGCAAGAAGGUGGAAGUGCACUUAGCAAUUUGCAUGGAUCCCAAAAAUGUUCUUAAUUCUUUCGCGUUUAUUCAGAUUUGCUCUGCAUGCACCUUUUUGAUUGAAUAUUUUAUUUCAGUAUUUUAAACCUGAAUAAAACACGUGGCGGUUUUUAGGACAUAGUGGCGUCUUUAUCACGUUCAUGUCUUGUAAAACCCUGAAAAUAAAGUGUAAAGUCUCGGCGGACAAAACCAUAAAUUUCAGCAAGCCCGAAUUAAUCAUUAAAACUUUUUUGGGCAGUUCGGGCUCCCGCUGUCCUAAAUUAACGGGUUAACUCGUUACAUUUAUUAUGUGUUAGGCUGCGUGUUUUAGAUGGAUGCAUUGUACCGAAGGUCAAGUUCAAGUGAAUUAUCUUUUGUAAUGCUUAGAUUAAUAAUAAAGGUAGCUGUAA